AAGGAAACGGAGGGAAGGAGAAUAUUAGCUCGACUACAUCCGUAGUUUAUUGCAUAUGACGGAGAAGUUCAAAAAAUGUAUAUAUAACGAUAGUUAUUGAUAUGUAACAGGAGUAAAUCUUUUGCAAGUAUUAUUUGUUCAGUAACUUGUUCAAAAAUAGAGAAUGAAAAGAAUUGUAUUAACUGGUAAUUUCGAUAUCGUAGAAGAUAACUUUUUCGUUCAAACACGAUCUAACGCGAAUAAACUAUAUCUACAUGAUCUACCGCUAGAAUAUUUUUUUAGGGUAAUGUUUCUUUCGCCAAUCGUUCGCCUAAAAUAGGACAAGGUUGGUCGAUGGGAACAACGUUGAUCAAACGUUGUGAUUCCCGGAAGUGGCUCGUUGUCUGUCAUCCAUCAUCAUCAAGACCCUUGUACAGAUGCGUCUCACGUGACGACGAUGACCGCUGAAUAUUUAAGACCUCGAAACGCGAGACCAAAUUGUCUUUCACCGGACCAUUUACCGUAUAAUAAUCCCUUCAAUUUUUCACUCGAGCAACAAUGGGCAAAGUACGAAGGGCGCGGUAUAUCGGUCGUGAACGCGCAAAUUCAAUCAUUAAAACGAUUUAGGUGUCCCUUUAAGUUCCCCUUCUUCUUUCUUUUUAAUCUCAAAUCAAAUUCGCAGAUUCGUAGACGUGUAAAUAUGAUGAGGUGAAUAGCGUUGUGUGUAAACGCUCGCUGGAUAAACAAUAAUGCCUUCGACCGGAACGGCUGGACGGUCUAAGGUAGACAGGUCCACCAGCCCUCUUUCAAGGAACCCGGUGAAUCCAGUGAACCAGGUUAAUCCAGUGAAUCCUGUGCAGGAACUGAAGGCCCUUUUUUCCGAGCCACCUGUGAGAGUUCCGAGCGGUGGUAAGGAACAAGAUUUCCGAUUCGAAGCUAUCGAAUGUCUACAAUCGUCGGUUGUGAAGGAAACAAAAGAUUUACCGGAUCGAGGAUCAUGGAGCAGCAAGGUGGAAUUCAUUUUAUCGGUUGUGGGUCUUGCCAUCGGUUUAGGAAAUGUCUGGCGAUUUCCUUAUCUUUGUUACAAAAAUGGAGGCGGGGCCUUUAUGGUUCCUUAUUUUAUCGCUUUGGCUCUCGCCGGUAUACCCAUGUUUCUAAUGGAACUAUCCUUGGGACAAAUGAUGACCAUAGGUGGCCUUGGAGUCUUUAAAAUAGCACCGAUUUUUAAAGGUAUUGGAUACGCUACCUGCGUGCUCUCCUGCUGGACAAAUAUUUAUUAUAUUAUUAUACUGGCGUGGGCACUAUUUUAUUUGUUAGUUUCUCUACAAUCAGAUGUUCCAUGGAGAAAUUGCGGCAAUUCAUGGAAUACGAAUUAUUGCAUCACCCCCAUAGAUCGUCUUAAAGCGGUUUGCUGGCCAGACGAAGAGGACACGAUAUGUGCUACUUCGAUCGGAAACUUGAGCCACACACUUCUCAAUGAUCCAGUAAAAGAAUUUUGGGAGAGGCGCACUCUUCAAAUUUCUUCUGGCGUUGAUAAUGUAGGCGGGAUUAGAUGGGAAUUAGCAGGUACUUUGGCUGUUGUAUGGAUCAUGUGUUAUUUUUGUAUUUGGAAAGGAGUAAAAUGGACAGGAAAAGUCGUCUAUUUCACGUCCUUGUUUCCAUACGCAUUGCUGACAGUUUUAUUGAUAAGAGGCUUGACACUGCCAGGUGCGACGGAAGGUCUGAAAUAUUACUUUACACCAAAUCUUAGUAAACUUGGCGAUCCAGAGGUAUGGAUAGAUGCAGUGACGCAAAUAUUCUUCUCUUACGCAUUGGGACUAGGUGCUCUUGUUGCGCUCGGAAGUUACAACAAAUAUAACAAUAAUGUUUAUAAAGAUUCUCUUAUAGUAUGCACAGUAAAUACAUGUACGAGUAUACUCAGUGGUGUAGUCAUAUUUUCUGUAGUGGGUUUUAUGGCACACGAACAACAAAAACCAGUUGCCGACGUUGCUGCUUCCGGUCCAGGUUUAGCUUUCUUAGUUUAUCCUUCGGCAGUACUUCAAUUGCCGGGAGCAUCGAUCUGGUCGUGUUUAUUUUUUAUUAUGCUUUUAUUGAUUGGAUUGGAUAGUCAGUUUUGUACCGUGGAAGGCUUUAUAACCGCUGCUGUGGACGAAUGGCCUAGACUUCUAAGAAAACGCAAGGAAAUAUUUAUCGCUUUCGUCUGUUUUAUCUCAUAUCUCAUUGGUCUUUUAUGCAUAACCGAAGGAGGAAUGUAUGUGUUUCAACUUUUGGAUUCCUACGCGGUGAGUGGAUUUUGUCUUCUAUUUUUGAUAUUUUUCGAGUGCAUCGCUGUAUCAUGGGCGUUCGGAAUUAAUCGAUUUUAUGAUGGCAUACGAGAUAUGAUCGGUUACUAUCCUUGUUACUGGUGGAAGAUAUGUUGGCUAUUCACUACACCAGCGGUUUGUGUGGGCGUCUUCAUUUUUAAUAUUAUCCAAUUUGUUCCUGUUAAAUAUCUUACAUACGAAUACCCAUGGUGGAGUCAUCUUUUGGGGUGUUUGUGUGGCUUAUCUUCUAUGAUGUGUAUUCCUUCUUAUAUGAUUUAUAUUUGGUGUGUUACACCUGGAACUACCUCAGAGAAAUUUCGAAAGUUGGUAAGAAUAGAGGACGAUAUUGCAACAUUACGUUUGAAAUUAAAUGCUACAAAAACUGCUGCCAUUAAUUCAGGACAUGAAUUAUAAGUUUUUGACGAUAUUAUUAUUAUUACAAUUUUUUUAUAUGUUUUAAGUAUAGCUGUAGAUGAACUUGUUUAAGUUAAUAUGAACAAUAAUGUCAUAUAAACAUGGAUUAAAAUUAAAUAUUAAUAAGAAAUGAGAGAGAUAAACAAUAUAUAUGAAAUAAUAUAAUUAUUAAUGGUAACAGUAUUUAUCAGAUUAAGAUUAUAAUUAAAUAUAGUUUAAUACAUCACCAAUUAUGGAUAUAUUCACGUAACAUGCAUUAUUCAUAAUAUAGCACAUAUUAAAAAGUAAAUUUUCUUAUAUUUAACAUAAGAAAUAUUGUAUCUUGAAAAAUAAAUUUCAUUAACUAUAUCAUAAUAAA